GGCGAAGGUAGUGAAUGAAAUGAAGAUGGAUUCCGAUAAAUUCACUCGUCAUAUUUUGUAUUUAUUGAGCCAAGUAGUGUCGUGAGAAUUAUUGUCUUUCAUCUUUGGAUAUAAUAUAAACUCUUGUGAUCCUAAGCGUACUUUUUAUAAACUGCAGUGUGCCUAAAUGCUUCAAGUGCUUAAUUAAAUGGACUAAGAUAUUUAUUCCUGGAUAUAGCCUGAGCAUAGGUCAGAUCUACAUUGACAAUUGACAGUGAUGAACUCAAUAUGGCCGAUGUCAGCAAACAGAAGAAUGGAGAUUUUCACCCUAAAAUAUUAAUGUCAACAGUGACAAAGCGCAUAAAGAUAUGAAAUAGGCCUACAGAGUGCCUGAUGUAAAUAUGUUGAUUGGACACAUGUGAAUUCAGCUUUAACAAUUUACAAUUAUUAAUAUUGUUAAUUUUAAUUUUGCUAUUGUGUAGUGAAAAUAUUAUUGAAAAUGUCGUUUUUGAGUAAUUUAAAGAAAGUUCUUCACCUUGGCAACAAUGAAUCAAAGAGGAAAAAAGUGUUCAACAAUAUCAAGAUGGAUUGUGAUCCGGAGGAGUACUGGGAGAUGAUAGGCGAGCUGGGGGAUGGUGCCUUUGGGAAAGUGUACAAGGCUCAAAAUAAAAUCACAAAACAGCUUGCUGCAGCAAAAAUGUGUGCUUUGGAAGGGGAAGAUGAUUUAUCUGAUUUCAUGAUAGAAAUUGAUAUUCUAUCUGAAUGCAAACAUGAAAAUAUAGUAGAAUUACACGAAGCCUUCUUUACAAAUGGGAAACUUUGGAUGCUGAUAGAAUACUGUGAUGGAGGUGCUGUUGACUCUAUCAUGGCAGAGCUGGACAAGCCCUUGACUGAGCUACAGAUAGCCUUCAUCUGUCAACACAUGUGUAGAGGGCUCACCUUCCUUCAUCACAGCAAAGUCAUCCACCGUGACCUAAAGGCUGGCAACGUACUGUUGACCAUGAGUGGAGGUGUCAAACUUGCUGACUUUGGAGUUUCUGCUAAAAACAAGUCCACACUUCAAAAGCACGACACAUUUAUUGGAACCCCUUACUGGAUGGCUCCUGAGGUAGUGUUGUGCGAGACAUUUCGUGAUAACCCGUACGACUUUAAGGUUGACAUUUGGUCACUGGGGAUCACAAUGAUAGAAUUUGCUCAAAUGGACCCUCCUAAUCACGAAAUGUCUCCAAUGAGAGUGUUGUUGAAAAUUCAAAAAUCAGAUCCUCCUAAACUGGACCAGCCAUCAAAAUGGUCUAAAAACUUUAAUGAUUUCAUAGCUAAAGCCUUGGUUAAAGAUCCAACGCAAAGACCAACAUCGGACGAAUUAUUGAAGCACCCGUUCAUCGCCCCAGACUUGGAUGUGAAGCCAGUACGAGAUUUGUUGUUGGAGUAUAAAGCAGAAGUUGUUGAAGAAGAGGUUGUUGAUGAAGAAGCUGAGGACCACCGUACAUCCCAGCUGCCUCUGGACCUGGACAAUGGAGAAGAUGACACAGCCUCGCUCAAGAGUGAUUCGGAAAUUAAACUUGCAGAUGACACAGAAGGAGCGAAAAAGAGAGCAGAGGUGGAAACAUCAGACACCAAGAAGGAGAAACCAGCAGAAACCAACCAGCCAGAGACUAAACCACCGCCACCUAUUGUUCGUAAGCAGGACAGUGUGGAGAGGCGAUUGUCACACGACAAGGGUCCAGCGCCACCACCCCCUCAAAUACAACCGUUGCCUCAGUCACCCCAACUGCCACCACAACCACAACCAUUGCCUGAGUCACCGCAACCACCCACACAACCACAACCUUUGCCUCAGACAACACCCCCGCCACCACAACAGCAACCGUUGCCUCAGUCACCAACAACACAACCACAAGUGUUGCCUCAGUCACCACCCCCGCCACCACAACCACAAGUGUUGGCUAAAACACCAUCCCCGCCCCCACAACCAUUGUCCCAGCCACAGCAGCAGGAGGAGGUGAGGCGCAGAGAUGGCAGAGACCGCACUGCUAGACCUGUGUCUAUGAUGCCUGCCAUCAAUGGCUCUGGAGAAGAUCCUAGACCAGAACCAACUCGUACUCGUAGCUCCUCUGCAUCGAAUAGAAACAGACGACGGCCCGCACCGCCUCCUCUGUCUGAUGCAGCCAUCAGUGCUCUCAAACCUCGAACCACAGCGGAGGAUGUAGUCCAGGGUACGACCGUGGUAGUGGACUCUCCACGUAAACCCUCAGAGCUAGAGACUAAUGUAACGGUUGUAACUACCACCCACCCGCCUGUACUGCACCUCCAUCAGCCAUCCCCACCACCACCACAGGUCGUCAUUGUGGCCAACGAAACAAACAAGACACAGGUGGACGACUCAUCACCUAACUCAGAAGAGGAGGUGAUAGUGAUCAACUCCAGCAGUAUGGACUUUGGAGAUGAGGAGGAUGGACCUGACAUGAGCCAUGUGUCUGUGGUGAAAGUAGGAGAUGAGAGUGACUCACGCGCCACACCUGACUCUAUGUGGAACUCUGUAGACGGCAUGGAUGAAGACUCGUUAAUGAUUGUUGGGGGAGGGGCCAGCACCUCCAUAGUAGUUGAGUGUACAGAAGCAGACAGCAAUCUUCACUCUCACGCCAAGGUCAAUGGACAACCAUCCAUACCAUCCGCAGACAGCGAAGAAGUAUUUAUCGUGGUCAACAAGUCUACCAAUAUCCAAAAGAAGGAGGUGGAGGAGCGAGGUGCAGGAGGAGGUGAGAGUUCACACAGUGAGACUGGGUCAUUGCACACUCCACCAUCUCUAGCCAGCACUCGUACAUUGGACAGGUCAGACGCUGAGAGUGUUGCUACCACUGCCAGUCAGGACAGCAACAAGGAGAACACCCGACCUGAACAGGACGUGGUGCUGCGACGAAACACAGAGUACAACAGGCAAGAAGGGGUCAGACAUAGCCGUUCUAAAGAAGAAUUGGAACUUCACAACCUCAAGAAGAAAACCAGAAAGAGGACAAGAAAGUUUGAAAUUGAUGGUGUUGUGGUUACCACAACUACUAGCAAAGUCAUAUAUGCUGAUGAAGAGAGUGGAAGAGGAUAUGAUGACCAAAUUUUCAGGAAGCAAGAACUUAGAGAACUGAAGAUGCUUCAGAAGCAGGAACAAAAACAAUUCCAAGAUCUUUCCAUGAAAGCGCAUAUAGCUAAGGAGCAACAGGACAAGAGGUUUGAGCAGGAGCGUGUAACGCUACUCAAGACCUAUGAGGCUGACCUGGAGGCCCUAAGUAGACAACAACGGCAACAGGUAGAAAAGGCAGAGCAGCAACAAGAAGCAGACCUAAGAACAGCCUCCAAGAGGAUCCGAGCUGAGCAGGAACGAGAACUCAAGGAGUUCCGAGAAAGUCUCAAGACCGAACUGCGACUGCUCCGUCAAGAGAUUGACCUCAUGCCCAAGGAUAAGAGAAAAAGCGUCUUUCGUGGCCGUAAAGAAAAACUUGAAGUAGAACAUGAGGAGAGGGAAAAACUAUUCCUUGAAAAGCUCAAUGAAAACCAUGAAACUUCUCUUCGUCGUUUGAGUGACUCUCACAGAGAAAAAAUUGCAUUGAUGGAAAGACAAUUUUUACAGCAAAAGCAACAAUUGAUGAGGGCUCGAGAGUCAGCUCUUUGGGAGUUGGAAGAAAGACAAAUUCAUGAGAAGCAGCAGCUUGCCAAAAGACAACUGAAAGAUGGAUUCUUCUUACAGAGGCACCAGAUGCUCAUUCGACAUGAGAAAGAACUUGAACAGAUGAAGAGAAUGAACCAACGAAAAGAAGAAGAUUUACUCAAGCGUCAAGCCCUUGAAAAAAGAGCUUUACCAAAAAGAAUCAGAUCAGAAAUGAAAGCUAGGGAGAUGAUGUUUAGAGAAUCCAUGAGGAUAAGCAUGGCAUCCAACCCAGACCCUGAACAAGAGAGGAAUAGACUUAAAAAGUUCCAGGAGAAUGAGAAGAAGCGUUACCGUGCUGAGACACUGAGGUUUGAACUGAAACAUCAGCACCAAUUGGAGGAGCUGAGAGCAGCUGCUGAUACUACCAUCAGGGAGCUGGAGCAGCUUCAGAAUGAGAAGAGAAAGAUGCUGAUGGAGCAUGAGACUCUUAAGCUGAAGGAGCAAGAGGAAAUGUACUCCAGGGAGUUGAAGGAGUGGAAAGCUCAGCUCAAGCCUCGCAAACAGUUCCUGGAGGAUCAGUUCCACUAUGAGUUGGCGACUUGUGGACAACGAAGACACUCAAAGAGUGUGUCCCUGCCCCCAACCCCUCGCUCCCUCACUCGCACUCGCUCUGCCACUCACUCACUACGCUCACAUCCCGCUCACUCCUCCUCUUCCUACUCCUCACGCUUUAGCAUACCUCGUCCCAGGGUCACAAGCACCCUCUUUGAUCCACCCCAAGAAUCAUCCACUCCUUUCUAGCACUGGUUAACUUGGGAUGUACUGUUUUGCUUUUAUCAUCAAUAGGCUUCUUACUUUGAAUGUCUGCUGCCAAAAUGCAAUGGCAACAGUUGGGUUGCUUCACAUUAAAUUUGGGAAUUCAAUCCCAAAAUCAUAUCCCAGGACCCCUGUGGCAAUUAUGGAUUAGAAAGUCCCAAUCUUAGUAUUUUAGGGUUAUAAAAUAUAUACUUUAUGUUAAAUGACUGGAUUUAAAAGCUCAACUUCCUGGGGUCAACUUUAAAACCAUCUCAUUCCUGGUAUUGAAUUUCCUAGUUGCGCUAGGUAAACAUUACAAUACCCUGCAGAUUCUUUACAGGUUAAAAGUAACAAAAUUAACAAUAUGUUUAAGAACUUGUUUGACCUACUUAAUCUUUUCUUAUCCAAAUAUUCUUAAACAAGCCCAUUAAUCAUCAGGUUUAUAUAAUAUGUUUCAUGUUAAGAAUCAUGAAAUAUAGUCUUGGGUCGGUAGCUGAUUUAACAGUCUCGUUUUGAUUCAAUUAUUUUAAAAACUGUUUUCGGUUUUCAUUUUUAAAUCACUUGUUUAAAUAAAAUUAUUUUCUUCAGGCCUACUCAUGUAAAGGUAGAAACCAUGUUUAAAAUUGUAACUGUGAUGCCUACUAUAUUUCAAAGCAAGAUUAAGUUAGAAAAAAUACCCUAACCUCAUUUAGUUAUGGUAUCUUUAGGUACAUUUCACAAUAAUUAUUAUUGUCGUAUUUUAAAAUUCAAGGUUAUAACUCCAGGCUGUACAACAAAAAUACUUUCAGCGGCAAAAUUUAAUCACCAUAAUUAAACUAUUAUUUCCAUGAUAAACUGAGUUUGGGAUUUCAUAAUUACCCUAGUAAUAAAUAAUGGAAGCCAUAAAGGAAUAGAAGUGAGUAACAAUCAAAGUGAUAAAACUUUUAUGAACUUAGAUUGCACAGUUCUUUGAUAUACUUGACUUGACCUUGAGUACCGGUACAAGAAAAUGAUUUUUGUCAUGAUAUCAUAUUAGUGGGUUUGGGGAUUGCUAAUGGGUUUUUUAUUGCAUCAUCACCCUAUUAUUAAGUUAUGAAAGUCAACAAACAUCUAAGUAACCUUUUAUAUGUCCUCCUAACAGGGCAAAAUGAUUGCACAAUAGCCGAUAAACUCGAACAUUUUUUAGCAACCGACCCAUCCCUAUAUCAUGAACCCACAAAAAUAACACAUUAUUUUCUAUCAUAAUUGUUAAACAUAUUGGACCAAUGAUCAGCUAAAUAUGCUUAAUGCUUGGGUUUGUAAUUUGGGUCAUUUGGUUCCCCUCUAGGGAACAAUCAAUUGUGAUCUUCAUUUUCAAGUUUUAGGGUUUGCAUUAUCUGUAGGCUACUUAUUUAUUUUAAGGUCUACAUUUUUUGUUCAAAUCGUUUUGUUUUAAAACUGAACUGUGAUCCCACCAAGUUUUCUAUGCACUUGUUGACAUAUGCCAAACGUAGAAUAGGGUUUUUUAAACCUGUUAUGAUUAAAAUGCAGCUGUAACAAAAUCGUAUAAGUACAAUAACUUUACUAUAUACAUCAGAAAGAGCAAUUAAAAUACUACUUUUCUUCGUAGUCGCCAAACAAAUUGAGACACUUAUCGUACUGGUGCAGAAGCUUUGAAAUUCCUUCAUCAUAGAAGUCUGCCGCCUGCGAUCUCAGCCACUCCAAGACGCACACCUUGAGCUCCUCGUUGUCGAAGCGCUGUGUUGCUAGCCAGGUCUUCAUUCUUGGAAAAAGUGAAAAUCGCUUGGUGCAAGGUCCAGACUAUAGGGUGGAUGAGGAAAACCUCCCAUUUGAAAAAGUAAAGGAGUUCAAAACCUUGUCAAAAAGGAGUUAUAACCGCACCAAAGUGCGGUUUGAUCUGUGAGGUCGUCGGGCAUUGUCAUGCACAAACAAAAUUUUCCAACGUCAAUUCACUUUGGUGCUUGUUUUGAAUGGCUCCCCUAAGGUUGUGCAAAGUUUCACAGUAAUGCUCAGAGUUUAUUGUUGCACCACAUUAGAGAAAGUCAACAAGAAGCACACCUUCCCUGACCCAAAAAACCGUCGCCAUAAUCUUCCUUGCUGACAAUGUUUGCAAACAUUUUAUUGGGUUUUUAGGGGACCUUUUGUGCCUCCACUCCAUGGACUGUAAUUUUGUUUCACAAAAGCUCCGUUAUAUUGAAUCGGCGGUUUUCGCGAACCUUUUCAUCAACUUUGGAGACCAGUACAUCAGUUACAAUGCUCGGGCGAGCGCUCUUCGCUUCAUCGAGAACAUCAGUUCGGCCAUUUUUAAACUGAAUGCACAAUUUUAACAGAACUUUCAUUCAUUAUAUUUUUUCCGUUAACUUUACAUUUGGGGAUAAAUUUCUAUCUGUUUUAAGUUUUUGCCAACAAAAACCAUAUCACUGACCGCACCUCACAACUGGCGGGAUUUUAAAUCGCAACGCACAUCUUCAUUUGAAAUUGCAAAAAAAACAGCCAGCGCAGAGAUGUUCCAGUUGCCACGGCUGGACGCCGACUGAGUUGCCGAGUGCACAUGAAAUGAAAUGAAAUGAAAUGAAAUAUUACUUUAUUAUCACAAAACAUUUCACAGAUCCAGCGUUAGCUGGUGAAACAGGUGAUAUUGUCAGAGAUCUUAAACACUAAGUUACAUAACAAAACUAAAAUCCACAUAGCUUAAACUAAAAUAUAUUUACUUAUCAUUUAAAUAAUCGGAAAUAUUAUAAUAAUUUUUCU